AUGGCGCCUAUUAGGAGGAGCAAAAAGCCUCCACCGGAAGGAUGGGAAUUAAUCGAACCUACGAUUGAGGAACUUAAUCGGAAGAUGAGAGAAGCAGAAGCAGAUCCUCAUGAAGGAAAGCGUAAAGUGGAGGCUGAAUGGCCUAUAUUUCGUAUCCAUCAUAAAAGAUCUCGUUUCAUCUAUGAUCUAUACUAUAAAAGGAAAGCUAUUUCCAAAUGAUAUAAUGUAAACAAUAAGGUGAAGAAGAAGAAGAAGAAGAAGCAUCCAAAUCAGUUUUGUAAUCCUGAUUCCUUAGUGCCUAUGAGUGUAUAAAUAUAAAGAGUAUUAAAAUUUCAUUGUUACUAGUCUAGUAUUGAAAUAUUAUUUUAGUAAAGAUUAUCUUUGAAAUUCUUUUAACAGAAGAAUACAAACUGAAUGCUUAUUAACUAGUGAAUGAUAACGUUUCACUAUGGUAUUCAAACAAAUCUUAUUUUCAUUUUGACUAUCUAAGAUGGCCUUAGUAUUUAAUACUGAGUGAUGAUUAAGGGUGAAAUGAAAUUUUGAACCGCAGCCGGACCAGGGACCACUAAGUUUCCAACCCGAUGUUAUGGUUAGCAGUUAGACGUCAUAGCUCAGUUGGUAGACCAUUGGGACGGAAACCUGGUGGUCCCUGGUUCGAAUAUGGCCACGGUCUAAAUCGUCAUUAUACAGUACAAAUCUUAUUCGUUUAUUUGAAGGGAGCCUGCUUAAAUUUCAGGCUAUUGAAAAUUUUCCAACGAAUAUAUUACAUCAAAUUUAUUCCUUUUAAUUUGUUUUAAUUUUUUAAAUAUGUCUCCUAAACGUGUCAUGUACCCUUGAAAACUUUUAAAAUGGUUUUCCAACCUACAACAAAACGAAGAGAUGGGCUUAUAAACGCAAAAAAAAUCCAGUUCGUUGCUAUUCCUUGGAUAAAUAUGUCAAAUUUCAAAUUUUACUACUGAUUGAAUAAACUACCAUCAUCAAAAUUAUACUGAAUUUUUUAUUCAUUCGUCAAUCCAAGCCAAAUGCUAAUGUAAUUACAGGUAUCUGUUAUUAUUAACUGUAAUCAAAUACAGUGAUUAUUUCUCCUAAAGAUACUGUACAGGGAAUGAAUAUGUUGGUCUAAUACAUUCUGAGAGUUCCUUCCAUACUGUACCGCACUUAUUGAUUGUAAUAAAUUUAUUAUUAUUAUUAUUAUUCAG